UCUGCCGGGGGGGCUACAGACGACCGGGCAAUCGGCUGCGAGGAAUCUCGCCACACCCCCAUCUUCGUUCUUAUUGGCCGCUUCGAGACACGGCCCCCGUGUAUCCGGUUCGGAUUGGCUGAGUUCCUGGGUCAGCCUGUGGACCGCGGCCCACCCUGGGAGAGCCUGAGGGAAAGACCGAGGGAGGGUCCCAGGGGUUUGGGAGCUUUGGGGGUCAGCGGGUCUCUUGGGAUUACUCAGAAACCUCGGGACUGGGGACAUGGGGACACUCUUUGGGGCCGUGGCGCUGCUGGUGGCGGAGAGAAACCAAUGGCGGCAUCUGCCGGGACUGCUGCUGCCGAGGAGAUGGAUCUGGAGACAAAGAACUAUGAAAUAUUCAUCAACUGGAAGAAGCAACAUCACCAAGGUUCUUAUUGCAAAUAGAGGAGAAAUUGCCUGCCGAGUGAUACGAACAGCCAGGAAAAUGGGUGUGCAGUCAGUGGCUGUCUACAGUGAGGCGGACCAGAACUCCAUGCACGUGGAGAUGGCAGAUGAAGCAUAUGCCAUUGGCCCAGCUGCCUCACAGCAGAGUUACCUUUCCAUGGAAAAAAUCAUUCAAGUGGCCAAGGUUUCAGCAGCACAGGCCAUUCAUCCAGGCUAUGGUUUCCUCUCAGAAAACACCGAGUUUGCAGAGUUGUGUAAGCAGGAGGGAAUCAUUUUCAUAGGGCCCCCUUCAUCUGCCAUCAGAGAUAUGGGAAUUAAGAGCACAUCCAAGGCAAUCAUGUCUGCUGCUGGGGUUCCCAUUAUUGAAGGUUACCAUGGGGAAGAUCAAUCCGACCAAUGCUUAAAGGAACAUGCUAGAAGAAUCGGUUACCCUAUCAUGAUUAAAGCAGUUCGUGGUGGAGGUGGCAAAGGUAUGAGGAUAGCUAAAUCAGAAAACGAGUUUCAAGAACAGCUGGAAUCGGCAAGGAGAGAAGCCAAGAAGUCCUUCAAUGAUGAUGCUAUGCUACUAGAGAAGUUUGUGGACACCCCAAGGCAUGUGGAAGUUCAAGUGUUUGGUGACCAACAUGGCAAUGCUGUGUACUUGUUUGAGAGAGACUGCAGUGUACAGAGAAGACACCAGAAGAUCAUCGAGGAGGCUCCCGGGCCUGGAAUUAAUCCCGAAGUCAGAAGGAAGCUUGGGGAAGCUGCAGUGAAAGCUGCAAAGGCUGUCAAUUACGUGGGUGCAGGUACUGUGGAGUUUAUCAUGGACCCAAACCACAAUUUCUACUUCAUGGAGAUGAACACGAGGCUGCAGGUGGAGCAUCCUGUUACCGAGAUGAUCACUGGGACUGACUUGGUGGAAUGGCAGCUCCGGAUUGCUGCGGGAGAGAAGAUUCCUUUGAGGCAGGAAGAAAUAACCCUGAAAGGCCACGCCUUUGAGGCCAGAAUCUAUGCAGAAGAUCCUCAGAAUAAUUUCAUGCCUGGGGCAGGACCACUUGUGCACUUGUCUACGCCACCACCAGAACCUACUCUUAGGAUCGAAACAGGAGUAAGGCAAGGUGAUGAAGUUUCAGUGCACUAUGACCCCAUGAUUGCAAAACUUGUUGUCUGGGCCGCCGAUCGCCAAGCAGCGCUGCAGAAGCUUCAAUACAGCCUUCACCAAUACAAUAUUGCAGGAUUGAGCACCAACAUCAACUUCUUACUGAGUCUUUCCAGCCACCCAGAGUUUGAAGCUGGCAGCGUGCACACAGACUUCAUCCCACAGCACUACCACGACCUGCUCCCCCCUCCGAGGGCUGCAGACAAAGAGGUUUUAUGUCAAGCCGCUCUGGGCCUCCUCCUCCAGGAGAAACUUGUGACCGAUGCCUUCAGAACUCACACAGCAGAUCAAUUCUCACCUUUUGCAUCCAGUAGUGGCAGAAGAUUCAAUCUCUCUCAAACCAGACACAUGACUCUUCAAGAUGGGAAGAACCAGGUGCCCAUAGCUGUGAAAUACAACAGGGACGGGUCCUACAGCAUGCAGAUUGAAGAUAAAACUUUUGAAGUCCUCGGUGACCUUUGUAACGAGGGAGACUGCACAUACCUGAAAUGUUCUGUUAAUGGUGUUGUUCGUAAACCUAAACUGAUUAUCUCGGAGAACACCAUUUACCUGUUUUCCAAGGGAGGCAAUGCUCAGAUUGGCAUCCCAGUGCCUAAAUAUUUAUCUGCAGCAAGUACUGAAGUAGUGAAGGGGAGCACCCUCGCACCCAUGACUGGGACAAUUGAGAAGGUAUUUGUGAAAGCUGGAGACAGAGUAAAGACUGGAGACAUCCUGAUGGUUAUGAUAGCUAUGAAAAUGGAGCAUGCAAUUAAGUCCCCAAAGGAUGGCACAAUUAAGAAAGUUCUCUUCAAAGAAGGUUCUCAGGCCAACAGACAUGCUACGUUAAUUGAGUUUGUGGAAGAAGAAUCGGAUGAAACUGAAUCCAAAUAGCAUCUGGGCAGGAGACCUGUCACUGAAUAAUUUCUUGUCUGCACCAAAUACAAAGUGCCUUCCUCCUUCCCAAGAUGCCAUUACAAGCAGCAUUUUAUUCACCGACAUUUAGAUUUCCAUUGUAGUGGAAAUCACGCACUUGGCUUCAAGUUAAUAAAAGUUAAACUAAAUGUAUAUAACCAGGAAGGGAAAUGGCUUCAUCCUUUUCAAUUUGUAAACUUUUAAGGGAGGGAGGCAGGUCAAAACGGAAAGAAAUCGGAAGAGACUAAAGUGCUGUUCUUCAAAAUUGUCACACUGUGAGUGGAUGGCUUCAGACCCUUCCCAGUAAUGUUAGCCAGCUUCUACCUGGCUCACUCAGGGUUAUGUUCUCUCCAUGCUAUACCUUGUUGUCUAUAUUAAAAAUAUGAUUAUUUCUUUUC